CACUUUUAAUAUAGAUAGAUCUAGGGGCAAGGGACUUCCCCAAAUAUUCCUGGAAACGACUAUUGCCAUGUGGUAGACUCAAGAGUGCAUUGCAUUAGGAAUGAACUCUUGGUAGACUAGACUACAUGGUUUCUGCCUCUGCUACUAUCCAUAUCCACACAGUGGGAGAUAACAUCAAGCUGUGUGACCCCCUCUGUGACGGUAAGUUCACCGUUCUACAAGAGGCGCAUCAAGGAGAAACCUGUUGAUGUGGCCAUCAAGUCAGUCAGAGUGGAUGCCACCGAGGACGAUGUGAAAGCUCUAGUGGCUGAGAUGGAGAUGUUGUCCAGUAUUGGGCCUCACAAGAAUAUUGUUUCAAUGCUGAGAGUCUAUACCGUUGGAAAGCCUAUGUACAUGGUGAUGGAGUACAUGUGUCACGGUGACUUGCUGGGUUUCCUGAAGACAUCCCGUGGUCACAGCGGACGAUAUACAGGUGCCAAGAUCGCUAACGGCAUGAGAUACCUCGCUGAUAGAAAAUUGGUCCACCGUACCCUCUAUGCCAAGAAUGUCCUGGUUGGCGCCAAUAUGAGCAUCAAGAUCUACAAUGUGGGCUGCUUCGACAUGACCUUUGAGAGCAGAAACUACAUCAUGAAGUGGCUAGCCCCAGAAACCCUCUUUGAUCAGACCGCCACUACAUACAGAGGACAUACCUACAUUGUUACUAGCCUCCUUCGCAGCCUCUCCUUUUUCUGUUCUUUGUCACACAGGUACGAAUUGGAGGAACAAAGAAAGAAAGAAUGAACCGGCUUCUUGGACGUUCUUUCUUUCUUUGUUCCUCCAAUUCUUACCGUAUUUUAUCUUAUUGACCUGUGUGACAAAGAACAGAAAAAGGAGAGGCUGCGAAGGAGGCUACAUUGUUGACGUUAUUGUCUCUGCUAUUUGCAUGUCCUGUACAGUGUAGCAAAUUAAUUGUCUAGAUCAAUUGUGACCCAUGCUCAAUGUUUUGCAGGUGGUAGUUUGUGGAGCUGGUGACUGUGGGGGGUACCCCCUGUAGGGAGAUUCAGACUGAGGACCUCUACUCGCAACUCAUGAACGGAAUGAGAAUGCCCUGUCCUCAGCACUGCGCCCAAAAAAUCCAUGAACUUAAGCUGGACUGUUGUAGGAGGAAUCCAGUGGAUCCCCCCACACUUCUCCGUCAUCCAUGAGAAGCUCGAAGACCUGGCCAAUUCUAAAGUGAAUCUGUUGGACUUCCAGAACUAUGGCACUACUCUCAAUUCGAAGAACCUGUCGCUCUCUCAACUGUUCUAUAGCACUAACACUCUGUAAUGGCACUCAACAACCAUCUUUAUUUAUCUUUUUGUUUUGUUCUGUCUCAUCUAUUUUCUUAACCGUGGUGAUUUUCUUUUAGUUUUUUUCUUUCAGUGUCGUUUUGUAUGUACACAUACAUCAGCUGCAGUUGUUAAUUACCUAUCAUUAUAACGUUGUACUAAAUAAUUGAUAAAGUUUCGUACACUA